AUGGAAAUGUUCAAUGCUGAGUCCCCUUUUUCUUUUGACGUGGGAGAAGAUCUGGUCCCUCUGCCCUCUCUUCCAUCCUCCUCAGUCAUCUCUCCGCCCUUGGACAACUACGGUAACCGUGUUUCUCAAAAGCCAAAAAAUGGCCGCCGGAAAAAGCCACUGCCAAACACUUGCAAUGAUGAUGGCGGCGAUGAGAACCAUGACGAACAAAAGAAGAAGAAGAUAAUACAUAGAGAUGUGGAGCGCCAAAGAAGACAAGAAAUGUCUUCUCUUUACACCACACUUCGCUCGCUUCUCCCUCUUGAAUACCUUAAGGGAAAACGAUCAAUAUCAGACCACAUGCAAGAGACAGUUAGUUACAUUCAACAUAUGCAAAGAAGGAUCCAACAACUGAAAGAUAAAAGAGGUACGCUAAGAGAACUCGCCAGCCAAACUACGGUCGCCAUAGCCGGUACGACAGAAACGCUUAAUUCCUCAGAAAGGGCCUCAGCAGUGGUGAGGGCAAAAGAUGGAAUAGGAAUUCAAGUUGUUUUAGACACUGCCACAAAACAAAGGCUCCCUCUUUCCAUCUUUGUUCAAGCUUUAGUUUCUGAAGGCCUUGAAAUCCUCAACUGCAUUUCAAACAGACUGAAUGAGAGGUUCAUUCACACCAUUGAAUGCCAACCUCUUCUAAAUGAUGAUGGCUGUUAUCCAACCAUUGAUGUCUCUGUGCUUCAGCAUAAGUUAGCCAAUUUGGAAUAUUAUCCUUUAGAUUAG